AUGGACGACAAUGUGAACGACUCCGUGGACGACAUGGACGACUCCGUGGACAGCGACGUGGAUGAUAACGAUACGAACACUUCUGCGCUUCCAAAUGGAGUGUAUAAUGAUAUGAAUCAAUUUAUGCUUUUAAAUGACGAAGAGGAUGAUGAUGAUAUGGCUUUACGUCCCGAGCAAUUAGAAAAGCUUG